AUGGUCAACUUUCUCUCCGUGGCUCACGUAGUCACCCUCAUUGCCGUCGCCGCCGCCUCGCCCCUCGCCCGCCACCAGUCCGACCCCUCCCCCAGCGGCUUCAACAGCAACACCAACGCCUCCCCCGCCCUCAAGGCGGCCUUGACCGGGGCCGCGAGCUACAAUGACCGCCAGGCGAUCCUCUUCACCGAACCGCCGGACGCUACCAAUAUCACCUUCACUUUCAUCAACAACACCGUCACCGACGGCACGGGCGGCACCAUCGCGCUCUCGACCGUCAACAACUUUCCCGCCCUCAUCGGUACCGAGGUCGCCAUGGCCGUCGGCUUCGUUAACCCGUGCGGGCUCAACGUGCCGCACUCGCACCCGCGCGCCAACGAGUUCCUCACUGUCAUCCAGGGCAAGCUCGUCGCCGGGCUGGUCCUCGAGCUCAAUGACGGCGGCAGCGGCCACGUCGUCGGCCAGCCGGCGCCAGUCAACGGGCCUGUCCCGCAGGUCAACGUCACGCUUUCCAAUUACACGGGCAUGCUCUUCCCGCAGGGUGAGACGCACUUCCAGUUCAAUCCGACGUGCGAGCCCGCGCUGUUCGCGGCCGCGUUUGACAGCUCGGACCCCGGGCGCACACAGAUCGCGCGCAACUUCUUCUCCAACAUGCCCGACGAUAUGCUCAUCACGGCGAUGGGGAGCGACCUGGAGGUGCUGGACGCGAAGCGGAUCGCCAGGUUUCGGGAUAACAUCCCGACCUCGUUUGCCGUGAUCAUGGAAGAGUUCGACUCUGCCGGCGACUCCCAGGGGUAUCUCUCCCAGGAGGACCGUGCACAAUUCUAA